AUGGUUAAUGUCUGUGAUCCGGUGCAAGUGACUUGCGACUUGCGGAGAGAUGAGCGGCGCGCGGCGCGGGGCGUUGCGACCGUGGCAGUGUGGUCGGCGCUGAGGGCGCUCCCGCUGUCGCGUUCGCUCCCGCUCCCGCCCCCGCUACCUCGCUCGGCACCUCGCGCGGUUUCCACACCGGCGAUCCUACAACACACCAAACACCGAACUCUUUUACACCAGCUUGAGUUCACUUUCGUCCGUGUCAAUUUAGAACAGCAAUCGCAAAAUCCAGGGCAUUCGGAACCGCGAAAAGAGUUGAAUGUUUGA